GAAUGUGACUAACGGAGGAGAAAGAGGAGUGUUAGGGAAGGAGAAUAUUGCCUCCACUCCUCUAGUACUGAGGCAGUACGCAUAUAGACGGCGUUCUGGAUCGCGUUCAUCCGUAAAUGGUGGAAACAACAUGAACGGUGGACGCGCACUCCCGCCGGGCGCUGCGCCUCUGAACCCACAGGAGCAGCUGCAUAAUCAAGGCCAAGUUCCCACCAGACAAGGGGCAUAUCCGACAUCGAGGCGCUACUCAGGUGGAGCGCACCGUCGCUCGGCUUCUGGUGCCGCAGUGCCAGCUGCAACGGCUCUUGCUAGUACAACUGCAGCUGGUGUAGGAGAAGUAGUAGUGAACCAGGAAAUGGAGAAAGGGCACGCUGCAGAUUCGGGCUCGGAAACACUUGCUCCAGGACCGAGGACAAAGAAGGCGGCACCACCAAGUUCGUAUCGCGGUUCCCGCACUUCGUUCAGCGGCCCCGGUACAGGUUCCAGUACCAACGUUGCUGAGGAUGCACAUCCCCUAUCUCCGAAUCCAUCUGAAGACCCCAACUCACCGCACCCAAAUACGAAUGUAAAUGGGGAAGCACCAAGCAGUGUAGGGCACGGCUCGAUCGUAUCGGCGACUUCGAACCAGAAUAUUUCUGCUGCAGCCGCAGCUGCUAUGUAUGCUCAUCAAUACCCGCAUAGUCCUGUGGGUUAUCAAUACCCGCCUUCUCCGCCGCCUGUCGGAUCGCCUGUAUCCCCACAUGCCGCAUAUGUCAGUGUUCCCGGUGCAGGAUACACCUCUACAAUGCCGGGAUACACACCCACAGGUCAGCCCAUCGUGUACCCGAAUGUCCCAGCUCCAGGUCACUUCGUAAACGGAAUUCCAGUGGGAGGAAGUGGAUAUGCAACUCCCGUCCCGCGCGGCCCACCUCCGCACAAUGCGUUCAUGGUGAACAGCGCUAUCGCACGUAGUAGCUUGAGUGCGAGCGUGAGUGGUAGUGCAGUUGAUCUCGUACCAUACGCUGCGCGGAUGAAUGGGACUGCAGUGGGACAGUCGAGGAGGAACAGCAUUGAUGUUGGUGGAUUCGCACCACCACAACCACCAUUCGCACAAGGAGCGUAUCCGCCAUCAUCUCCUGGUACACCUGGUACACCAGAAUUGAGACAUGCAGGAUCGCUUCCGCGUCUUCGGGAGCCAUUCCUUUCCCCUGCGAGUCGUCGAUCGAGUACCGUGUGGCAACCACCGACACCUGCGAUGUAUACUGCUAGCAAUGUAGGGUAUGAAGGAGGCGACGGACGCGGAGGAAGCGGAUUUUUCGGCGGCUACGGGUACAACGGCGUUGGGUCAGGGAGCAACACGAUGCUCGCCCUGCCGGGUAAGAAGGAGCCAUUGCCGAGUAGUGCGUUGCAAAGGAAAAUUAGCAUGUCGGAGAAACCAUGGAUGAGGCAGCGUCAGAAAGGCGAACGUGCCGCAUGGUGGGUGACGUUCUGCAUUAUGUGGAUUGGUAUCGCCGUUGGUGCAGUCGUGAUCUUUUUCGGAUUCUCGAAUGUCGAGAAGAUUAACCGCCCGCUAUGCUCAGUGCUUGAUGAGAAUUUUAACACGUUCGACACGAACACAUGGACGAAGAACGUAUCGCUCGGUGGAUUUGGGAACGGCGAGUUCCAGAUGACGACUGACUCAUCUGACAAUCUCUACAUCAAGAACGGAGAACUAUAUAUCAUGCCAACGCUGACUUCAGACGAGAUUGGUGCCUCAAGUAUCUUUGAUGGGUACACGUACAACCUCACGGGAUGCACGGAGACAUGGAACGCGAGUGCUUGUAACGUGAGGAGUGACCAAGGCACGAAUACCGUGGUUAAUCCUGUAAAGAGUGCGCGGAUUAGUACGCAGAAUAGUGUGAGUAUGGCUUAUGGAAAGGUUGAGGUGAGGGCGAAGAUGCCGCGUGGAGACUGGCUUUGGCCCGCGAUUUGGAUGUUACCGAAGGACGAGAAGUAUGGGGCAUGGCCUAGAAGUGGAGAGAUUGAUAUCGUCGAAGCGCGCGGUAACUCAGCAUCAUACCCAAGGCAAGGCAACAACUUCGUUCGUGGUUCGCUAAACUGGGGACCCCUCGACACUGUCGUUGCCAAUGCCUUUGGCUGGCAAUUUCAAAAACGCUCAACUUAUUCCUCGGGAUUCCAUACCUACACACUAGAAUGGACGCCUGACUUCAUUCGCAUCUCCGUCGACAGCAAGCUGCGUGCGAUGCUCGACCUCAACAUAAAGAAGACAUCCUUCUGGGAACGUGGUGGCUUCCCUGUCACCGCACAGAAUGGGUCUACACAAGCAGUUGUACAAGAUAUCUGGGAAGGUCAACCGAAUGCCGCACCAUUUGAUCAGGAGUUCUAUCUGAUCAUUGACUUGGCUGUUGGAGGGACAAGCGGGUGGUUCCCUGAUAAUGUUGGAGGCAAGAUGUGGUUCGAUGGAAGCGCAACCGCAAUGACGGACUUUGCAAAGGCGCAGGAUACUUGGAGUGCGACUUGGCCGAGCAGUGACGAUGAUCGUGCGUUGAGAGUUGAUUCAGUAAAGAUGUGGAAGCUUUGCUGAGUGGUGAGGCGUAUGUUCGGACUGAAACUGAUUCUGAAUUGUCUUGGACUCUGUUGUUGACUUUUUCACCUUGUUUCUUUACUGUCUUUUCGUGAGCCUGCGACUACCUGAUAUACAAUUCUACUUCCCCCCCUUCACGUACUUUUUUCUGCUUCCACCUUUUAAUACCCAUGAAUGGACUAGACCUUCAGGCUUGGCUCUGAAUUCUCAAACACGACUCUGACGCACGCAUUACUCCCCCAUUCUAGUUUUGUAUGAUAGCCCAUCUUCGUAGACCGCUGCUUUCUGCAUGCUUCUUGUAAUCCUGUGCUCAUCCUCCCUCUCCGAAUCCCCAUAUUCAUAAAUAUCGUACUCGCC